AUGUCUAAGAUCACAGUCGCCGGAGUGCGCCAGAACAUCGAGCAGCUGCUCAACUACUCUCAGAAUGAGAAGAAGAGGAACUUCCUCGAGACCGUCGAGCUUCAGAUCGGUCUGAAGAACUACGACCCCCAGCGUGACAAGCGUUUCUCUGGUACCAUCAAGCUGCCUACCGUUCCCCGUCCCAACAUGACCAUCUGUGUUCUUGGUGACCAGCACGAUCUCGACCGUGCCAAGCACCACGGCAUUGACGCCAUGUCCGCCGACGACCUGAAGAAGCUGAACAAGAACAAGAAGCUCAUCAAGAAGCUUGCUCGCAAGUACGAUGCUUUCCUUGCUUCCGACACCCUCAUCAAGCAGAUUCCCCGUCUCUUGGGUCCUGGUCUCUCCAAGGCCGGUAAAUUCCCUACCCCCGUCUCUCACGCCGAGGACAUGGCCAACAAGGUCAACGAGGUCAAGUCUACCAUCAAGUUCCAGCUUAAGAAGGUUCUCUGCCUCGGUGUUGCCGUCGGCAACGUUGGUAUGACUGAGGACGAGCUCGUCGCCAACACCAUGCUCGCCAUCAACUACCUUGUCUCCCUGCUUAAGAAGGGUUGGCAGAACGUUGGUAGCCUUGUCCUCAAGGCUACCAUGUCUCCCCCUAAGCGUCUGUACUAA